AUGAUGAGCUCGAUGUUGUGUCCUCUUAUGAUUAAUGACAAACUCUUGACCAAUGCUGUGCGUAGGUACAAGGGGAAGAACUGGAAAAAGAUUGCUGAGUGUGUUCCUGGGAGGAAAGACAAGAGGGACUAUGUGCAGUGUAAUCACCGUUGGCUAAAGGUUCUUAAUCCAAACCUCAACAAAGGACCUUGGAAAAAAGAGGAAGAUGAUCUCUUAACUCAGUUGGUUAAUGUCUAUCCGGAGAAUGAUAAACCUAAAUGGUCAAAAAUCUCAAAGCAGCUCCCUGGUCGCAUUGGCAAGCAAUGUCGUGAAAGGUGGCAUAAUCAUCUAAACCCGACUAUAAAAAAAACUCCUUGGACUAGAGAAGAGGAAGUGAUUCUUGUUCAGGCACAAAGGGGACAAGGCAAUAAGUGGGCCGAGAUUGCUAAGCUCUUGCCUGGAAGGUCGGAGAAUAAUAUUAAGAACCAUUGGAACUGCUCACUUAAGAAGAGACUGGAGGAGUUCCUUAGUAGCCCCUUGUGUGGUUCUGAAUCCAGCUUUGCUAAUCAGAGCAACUUUAUCAUCAGUGAAAGUUACCAAUCAGUCCAAAUCAAGGAAGAUGCCAAGAGUCCUCAAAGGGGCUUAACUUUAGGGCCCAUGAAUUGGAUGAACACAGUAGAAGAAGAAGAAACAAUGUCAGUGUCAGUAGAAUCUGAUUGGUCUAGACGAAGUAGCAAGGCUGAAAUAUCUCAUUGGACGCCUUGUACAAGUGAUUAUGACAUGAACUUAAGGGUAAUUCCACAGUUAACAAUUCCUCUCUCUGUCAAAGUUUUAGAGAGUCCACAAACUCCACAGAGCAGCAAUGAUAGUGUGUGCGCACAAGAGUUGAAGGAGAUCAGAGAGAGGUUGAGAAUGGCUGCGAGUACAUUCAAGAACACACCCUCCAUCAUCUCCAAAAGUAGCUCACCAGCCUCGGGUUUGAAACGGCGCAGACAAGAAGACGACUCAAGGUUUCUGACAAAUGCUCCAAGUGAGGAAGAACAUUCAGUUUCAAACUCUCCUUGUUCCAAAUCCAGAUUUGUUAAACUCAACACUUGCUCUGGUUCAAAUCCCUUGGAGAGGCGCUUGGAGUUUGAUUUUCUUUGA